AUGUACUCUGCCAACUACGGCUUUGGCAAUGCCGCGCCCAACUUUGCCAACCCGGCCGGCGCGCCGCAGCCUGGAAUGCAGCCGGGGCAGCAGUUCAUGGUCAAUCGCCAGCAGCAGUUCGCCGGCAUGGCUCCCCACGGCGCCUUUCCCGGCGCGAACCCGCACAUGAUGGCCGAUGCCAGCGCCAUGAUGCAGGCCCAGGGCAUGCCCGGCAUGGCGCCAAACAACCAGAUGGCCUACCAGCAGCAGUUCCCCGGCGCGUCAUACGGCCAGGUCCUCCCCGGCGGCGUCGGCCCCCAAGGCUUCGUCCCGAACAACUACAUGAUGAAUCCCGCCAUGCAAGGCUUCCCCAUGGGCCAGCCCGGCAUGCCCCAGCAGGCCCAGCAGGCCCAGAUGAUUCAGCGCAUGCAGCAACAACAGCAACAGCAACAGCAACAGCAACAACAACAGCAGCCCCCCCAACCACAGCAGCAGAUGCCUCCGCAGCAGCCUCCGCAGCAGCAACAGCAGCAACAACAACAGCAACAACAACAACAGCAGCAGCAGCAGCAGCCGAACCCAAUGAUGGGCCAGGUGUCGACCCCUCAGAGACCCCCGAGCACAGCGCAAGGAACGCCGACAAAUAUCAUGCCUCCGCAACAGCCUCAGUUCUCGACGCCUCAGCACUUGGCCCAGGGACAGACGCCCACGAACCAGCACCAGCAGCCACCGAUGGGCGUGGUCACGCCUCAGACCCCGACGUUUUCCUCCAACAUCAGUGGCGGCAUGGCUGCCCCGUCGACGGCCGCCGCGCCCAUGAGCCCGACAACAGAAGCCCUGGAAAAAGAGAGGUUCGCGCUGCUGCUGGACAUCAACCACGAGUUAUUAUACGAGUCCAUCCAGAUCCAGACAACGCAGCAGGAGCUGAAAAAGGAACACGCUGCCAUGAAUGGGAAUGUUGCAGAUAGGAAACCUACGGAGGAGGAGAAUCUGUUCCAACAAGACUAUCUCCAUUGCAUGCGACGAUUACAAGCCAAUCUGUCGUACAUGGCCGCUCUGGCGGACAGAAAGCCCGACGUCAAGGGACCGCCGUGUCCAGCAUAUCUCAGCGCACCGCCCCUCAACCUCUCCCUCAGGCUGAGAGCGACACCCAUUGGCGCCGAGAACAUGACGACACCAAUCGAUACCGUAGCAGACAGAGAAGAGCGGUACAAGUCGAUCCAGGACCUGUACCGACGACUGCAAGCCGUCUUCCCCGGGUUCGACCCCAAGAAGGAACCCGCCUUCCGCAUGCCGAGCCAGAAGCCGCCCAUGGGCCCCAUGGUACCGAGCCAACAAGCCAGCCCGGCUGCCCAGAGGACGCCUCAGCUACCGAAUAUGCCUGGCCCGCCGAUGAAUAUGCAAAACAUGCAAAACAUGCAGAAUAUGCAAAACAUGCAAAACAUGCAGAAUAUGCAGAACAUGCAGAACAUGCAGAACAUGCAGAAUAUACAGCCCGGCAUGACCAUGCAGUAG